UUUGAAAUCACCCUUUUUGAAAUGAAGGUCGUUUUGAUGUUAAGACUGUGUUCACAACUUGGGAAAACUUACUCUUGUUGCUUGGUCCACGGGAAUUAUUAUCAUACAAGAACUUUUCCACACAAUGUAUUUACUGUUAGAGGUAACACAUUGUCUUCAUCCUGUAGUGACAAUGGGCGUCUCAAAAUCUUCACCAUCCCAAACUUACUAACUGUUUCUCGUAUUGCACUUACUCCUCUCAUUGUCAGUAAUGUUGUUGGUGGUGAUCUCAGUGCGGCCUUUGGUCUCACCAUCGUAGCGGGACUAACUGAUGUGCUAGAUGGAUUUAUAUCCCGGAAUGUACCAAAUCAGAAGUCAAAUGUUGGAAGUUUCUUGGAUCCUCUAGCGGAUAAAAUCCUUGUGACAGCUUUGGUCCUAUCUUUAACAUCUAUGGACUUAUUUCCAAUUAGUCUUGCCUGUCUUUUCAUUCUCCGUGAUGUUGGGUUGGUGACUGUAGUUACUGCAUCACUGUUGCGACACUAUAGCGCAGUAAGUGAUGAGGCUUUAUUAAAUUCUUCAAGCAUAAUUCAAAGACACUUGUACAGGAGGUGGAAAUAAAAGCAUCUAACGUCAGUAAGCUGAACACACUUUGCCAAUUAUCUAGUGUUAUACUAAGUAUGACAUAUCCUUUGUAUGGAUUCCCUAAUUAUGAAUACUUAGAGGUUGUUUG